AGAAUCAGAAGAGACUCUCAGGAGAGAGAGGUAGUUCCAUGUCUAACGCCCCACAAACAGGACGGGCACAAAUGAACGACACCGGGCAACUCCGCCUCCCCCAUGGCUAAAUGCGCUGGAUAUACGCGGGGCAGGAGUACUUUCAGCGCUGCGUGUCACACCCAACCGACUCCUAACAAGUGGAAGUAAAGUCAAAGGGACUGCAAAGCUAUGGAACAGCGGGUCACCGCCAGCCCCUACCCUAACAGCACCCUCGAACAGCUGGUCUCCAACGUCUCCAACACUAGCAACGCCAGCGAUAAGCCCGGGGAUGCGUGGAUGGUGGGCAUGGGCAUAAUCAUGUCUUGCAUCGUGUUGGUGAUUGUGCUCGGCAACGUGUUGGUGAUCACUGCCAUAGCCAAGUUCCAGAGGCUGCAGACGGUCACCAACUACUUCAUCACGUCUUUAGCCUGUGCGGACCUGCUGAUGGGGCUGAUAGUGGUGCCCUUCGGAGCGAGUUCCAUCAUCCUGGACACUUGGGUUUUCAAUAACUUCUGGUGCGAGUUCUGGACAUCAGUGGAUAUCCUUUGCGUCACUGCCAGCAUAGAGACCCUUUGCGUCAUUGCAGUGGAUAGGUACUUCGCCAUUACCUCUCCAUUCAGGUAUCAGAGCCUCCUGACCAAGUGCAAAGCCAGGAUUGUCAUCCUGCUGGUGUGGGUGGUGUCCACACUUACCUCUUUCCUCCCCAUCUACAUGCACUGGUAUAGGAUAGAGGAGGAGAGUGCCUUGCAUUGCUAUGAUGACCCCUCCUGUUGUUUUUUCUUCACCAACCCUGCUUAUGCCAUCUCCUCUUCCAUCAUCUCCUUCUACUUACCUCUGGUGGUCAUGAUUUUUGUCUACGCAAGGGUCUUCCAGGAGGCCAAAAAACAACUAAAGAAAAUAGACAAAAGCGAGGGAAGGUUCCACAACCAGAAUAACCAACAGGACACCAAUGGUAAGCAAGGAAAUAAAAGGACCUCAAAGUUUUGGUUGAAGGAGCACAAGGCACUGAAGACUUUGGGGAUAAUAAUGGGCACUUUUACUUUGUGUUGGCUCCCCUUUUUUAUAGUCAACAUUGUCCAGGUGAUGCACAAAGACUUUAUCCCUGUCAAAGUUUACAACUUCUUGAACUGGGUGGGAUAUGUCAACUCUGCCUUUAACCCGUUAAUCUACUGCAGGAGCCCAGAUUUCAGAUACACUUUUCAGGAGCUGCUGUGCUUAAGGAAACCGGGCUCCAAAGCCUAUGCCAAUGGGUACCCCCAGAGCAAUGGGAACAGUGCAUACAACGAAGACACAGAACCUUGUCAGUAUUCUAAAGACAGGACUUGUGAAGUUUUAUUUAAAGAGGAGAAAACUCCCAAUCCCUCCCUUUUGAACUGUGAAGGUACUCUUCUAGAUUUUAGCUUGGAACCACUGGGCAAGAAUCAUAACACGCAUGAUUGCUUAUUAUAGGAUUGUCGAUUUUUUUUUAAUAUUUGAACUAUUACAACAAACUGGAUUAUUGCAAUACAAGGGUCAACCAGAUAUCCGAAUGUAUAAUACAAAGGAAAAUGUUUUUAUAUGUAUAUUAUAUAUGUAUAUUUUGCAGAAGGGCAGUGCCCAUGUCUUGCAGAAUGUAUAAAUUUAUUAUGAGAAAAUGUACAUUUCUGUCUAUUUUCAGUUCCUCUUAAAUUAAGGUAAGAGAUCUUUUGUUAUAAUGUAAUGGCUUUUAUAUUUUUAUGUUGCUGCCCUGUGUACUUUACUGAAGAAAAAUCUACCUCAAACCCUUAAAAAAAAAUUGAAUUCUAAGUUCAAGAAUUCUGAAACUUAAAAAAAAAAAAUCUUGCUUUUUCCCCCCUUUUCUACCCCUUAAUAAUACAAAAAACAGCUGCUGUUGGCGGAAGGGACAGGGUUAAUUCUACUUUCCUUGAGAUAGCUCUCCUGAGUAAUGAUGGGGUUAAUGUGCUGAGCUUAAUAUUUUGAACUUUUGAAAUUGCAAAAGUUGGGUUGUGAGAGAUAGGAAAACGUAUAUUCUGUAUAAGACUGAUGAAAACUGUGUGUUGCAACCAGGAGAGACCCUUGGGGGUCAUUCAGCAUAGGUGCAAAAAGGCACAAUUGCAGUAACCUAUAGCAACCAGCUUUGGUUGGUCGUGUUUUGCAAGCUGCUGUGAAACCAUGUAAAAUAAUAUCAGAAUAGUUGCUAUAGUUACCACCAUUGUGUACUUUUGCACCUGUAAAUAAAUUCUUUUUUUUCAUGGUUUCUCAGGGAGGAAAUGCAGUAAAAAAAAAAAAAAAAGUCGCAGAGCUAACUCAAUACAUUUCCAGCCACCCUUUUAGGUUUGUGCCAAUCUUUGCAUUCCCCUUUAACCCCUCUGUUGCAGGUUGGAAAGUGGCACUUUUUAUAAGCAAUUUGACAUUUGCAGUGACUGUCACGUAUACUGGAGCCUCUAACCAAAAGUGUAUUUUAAGGAUAGAAGGGUUAAAGGUCUAACUUAGUUCAUCUAAUUUUAGCAGUGAAGUCCAAAGUUGAGUGGAGGACCCAUCCCCUUCUUGAUGGCAAACUAAUCUGUUUUUUCGGUGAGCCCAGCCUCCUAGAUCCCUAUUUGCGAGAUAAAUGAGUCCUUGUCUCCUAGAUGGGGCAGAACAGAUGUUCCUACUGCUGUUCUGUAGUGUCUGAUCUCUGGCUGAAACCAAGUCCUGUCAGGGUAAUUAAUCAGUUAUCUCUGGGUUAUGAGCAAAAUAUGGGGCUUUCCAGAUGUGACUGCACUACAGUGCUCAGCAGUUGCCCAUGACAGUGGUAGGAUUCUGAGAGUUGUAGUUCAGCAGCACUUAAAGACAAGCUUGCGGGUUGUUUCCUCUUGUCUCUUCAAUGAUUCUACUCAGUAUAGAUUUAAUGGGGUAUGUUUAGGCAUAAACUAGGAAACCACAGACGAAGGAAGUAAAGCAGAGGCUCAUUCAUAAAUAAGAAUAUAAAAACAAAAUAGUUGAUAGGCUACAGACACAGGACAUUACAAAUUAUUAUGGUCUAUCACUUUAAUACGCCCUGCUGGACAGGCUGAGUUCUCCCUAUCGCACAAGGCAUGUCUGUUCCAUACAUUUCCUCUGCGCAGCUCACAGGGUCACUAGCAGAUCAGCUCUUUUGCACAUUUCCAAGCCUUACAGUAUUGUAUGUUGCUCUUAUUAAAGGUCAUUGUGCUAUUUAUU